ACGGGUGGCUUGUCCCAAAGAAUCACUUCACGUGCUAAGGCAAAGACGAGGUUGGCUCGAGCUGGUCUAAAUUUCCCAGUUGGUCAACGCGUUGGUGCUUGUGCUCCAGUCUACUUGGCUGCUGUGCUCGAGUACCUCGCCGCUGAGGUGCUCGAGUUGGCAGGCAACGCUGCUCGGGACAACAAGAAGAGCCGCAUCAUCCCACGCCACCUUCAGCUCUCCAUCCGCAACGAUGAGGAGUUGAACAAGUUAUUGGGCGGUGUGACCAUCGCACAAGGUGGCGUUCUGCCUAACAUUCAGACUGUUUUUCUGCCCAAGAAGAUGGAGAAGCUCAAGGCUUAA